AUGCAGUUGAAGACAAGUGACUGCGCGCUGGCCCUGAGGUGUGCGUCCGAGAAUGGCCGGAUUGACACCGUGCGGUGGCUGCUGGGAGCCGAUGUUGACAAAGGCCUUAAGUAUUGCUAUGGUGCCAUGUCAGCUAUGAUAUCUGCGGCUGACAAGGGCCAUGUUGAUGUCGUUCGCUUGCUUCUGGAGGCCAGUAGGGAUAACCAGCUGCAAGACCAGGCCAGCCGAAAGGAGCUUCGCUGUUAUGGCGAUACAGCACUGAUUAAUGCAUGUCACAAGGGCCACCUGGAGGUCGUGCGCUUGCUCUUAGACACUGGGGUGGACACAGAUGUCAGAGACUGUGACGACAGGACGGCCCUAAUGCAUGCAGCAGAGAACGGCCGUGUGGACAUCGUGCGACUUCUAUUGAAGGCUGGAGCGAACAGGGACUUGAAGAGCAGAUACCUAAACCAAACGGCCCAAAGCUGUGCGGCCGAGCGGGGCCACGAUGACAUUGUGGAGCUGCUGCAAGGUACCGAGGGCACGAGUGCUGCAAAGAGUGUCAUCUCUAUCUGA